AUGGACGCGAUGGCAUCGUUUCAGUCGCCGUUCGGCAGCAACCUAGGCAAUCUUCUGCAGCAACAACAGCAGCAGCAGCAGCAACAGCAAACGCAACAACAGCAGCAGCACCUCUUGCAACAGCAACAACAACAGCAGCAGCAGCAACAGCACCAUCACCAGCAACAACACCAUUUGCAACAGCAACAACAACACCACCAGCAACAAGCGACCAUGAUGAGCAACUCGGCGCUAAUGCAGCAUCAACAGCAGCAACACCAGCAGCAGCAACAACAACACCUUCACCAUCAGCAGCAACAGCAGCAACUUCAGCAACAGCAACUCCAGCAGCAGCAGCAGCAGCAGCAACAUCAACACCAGCAGCAGUCGUCCGGUUCGGGAAGUGGCCAACAUCACCACGGUCUAGCAGCAGCCCAGAGUGCGGCCAUGAUGUCGCAACGCAAUCCUUUCGGAUUCGAUUUUAAUCACUUCCAAAGCAACUACUAGGCCGCUCCGGUGCCGCCUGCAGCUGCUGGCAAAGGGAAAGCGCCUCUAAAAAACGGCUUUUGGCGAUAUUUUCCCGUGCGUUGUCCUCCUCAGGCAGUCCCAGGCAGCAAGCACAGAUCGCC